AUGCAGCCACCCGACCCUCCUUCCGGGGACUUGCCCCCUUCUUCUUCUUCUUCUUCUUCUUCUUCUCACCUGUCUUCGAGCUUGGUCGGUGGAGCUGAAGCUUCGGGCGCCGAAGAGAAGAACGGGGAGGGUGCGGGGGUCGGGCCGCUUUCGGCUGCUCGCACCGCUCCUUCCUUGGGUCUGAAUCCAGUCCCAGGCUGCGCCCUUCCAGUCGGGGAGCGCGUGAAGAGAGAGCAGCCUGCGUCUCCGUCUUCUCGCCCCGCUCCAGAGGCUUCCAGGCUGGUCCCGGCGGACUGCCUGGUUCUCCGCGCCGCUCGUUCAGGCCCGAGCACGCACGCAGCUCCGCGAGACGCACCCGCGGAAGCUUCCGGACUUCUGACGGCGGAGACCGCGCGAACAGGGGCAAGCGCAGAGAGCUCGCUCGGCGCACGGAGGAAAUCGGCCAGUCAGGCGCUACCUUCGCCGCCCCUGAAGCCGCCGGAGACGCCAGGCUCCGCUGCGCGCCUCUCCAUGUGCGAUUCCGCCGUGGUGAUUGUCGUCGAUUUGAAUGGGCGUGUCUGGAGAAACCGACACUUCGCCUUCCGCAAGGACGACAAGGACAAGGCCGCGAAGAAGGCCGCGGGGGGGCCGAAAGGCGCAAACGCCGAAUCCGAGAAGCCGCCGCUCCAGGCUUUCCUUAGCUUUCUCGAGUGUGCUCUCUGCGGCUUCGUCCGGGCUCUCACGCUCCUCACGCCGUGCAGCGAGGUGGCCGUUGUGGCAAUGAACGAGCGAACGAGCGCAGUGCUGGUCUCGGGUCGUGUGCCGAAUCUUCUGGUCGAGGCGGCCGGGCUAGGCGGCUUCUUCACCACCAUGAUGACGCGCGUGGCGCAGUUCGCCGCCAACUUGCCGCUCUCUUCGCCGGGGCGGGACGUGAAGGGCGUGAAGGCCGAGCGCGACGCUGGCGGGGAGCGCCGUCCAGAAGGUGCCUCCGACAGAGUGAAACGCCUCAAGACAGAACGAACUGAGGCGGCCUGUGCUGCCGUAGCCACGACAGAAACCCCAGAGGGGGAGACGCGUGCGGCGCCCGCCGGUGCUCCGCCAGGCGGCGGCCACGUGGACGCCGUCGGCGCGUCGGGAAGAUCUCUCUGCGGUGAAGACUCGAUGCUCGCGGGGGCUCUUUCCCUCGCUCUUUGCUAUCUCAACAAGGUGGCAAAACGCAGUGCGAGGCCGCCUGAGCGACGCGUCCUCCUCCUCGACGGGUCACUCGAUCGCUCCUAUUCCUCGCAGUACAUGCCGCUCAUGAAUCUGGCCUUCGCCGCAGCCAAAGGAAACAUCGUCAUCGACUGCUGUGCGCUUUGCCCGAACCCUUCUACGAUUUCGGAACAACUAUGCGACAUCUCGCGCGGCGUUCACCUGAAGUUUUCCCAGGCUGCGCCUGCCUCGACGAGCGGCAAUUCGCAUCUCGACGGCGGCCUCGCUCUUCUACAGCUGCUCCUCUUUUGGAUUUUCCCGUCUGUGUCUUUGCGGCCUGCUAUUGCCGCGCUCUCUGUGCACCGCGGACGGAGCAACGCGGCCGUUUGCUUUUGCCAUCACAGGCCGGUCGAGGUCUGCUGCAUUUGCUCCUGCUGUCUUGCAAUAUACUGCUCCGAAAAGGACGCACAGACGGGAAAGGAGAGAAUAUCCUGCGACGUGUGCAAGUCGCGCUUUUCUCGAGGACUACUCAAAAAUAAAAUGGCCGGAGGCGUGGAUCUGCCAAGCUACUGA